AUGACAAGGGGAAAGAACUUGAGACUGGCAUUACACAUGAUCAAGUACCAAUCCCGGAAAAUAGCGAAUCAUCUCUUUAAUAUUAUGAAGCGCCAAAAAUUAAAAGACUUUUGCAUUUAUAUAUCCAAGUACAAGAUUAGUAUCAAAGGACAACCAUACAUAAACAAAGUAAAUAAUCUUCUGUUCCCAUCCAAGUGCGCUGACGAUGAUAUUCUUCAUUUUUGUCUUCUGUUAAAAGAAAAAAGGAAAGACCAAAAAAUAAUACUGUUGACUAACGAUAAUAUAUUAGGAAUCAAAUCGUUGUCUCAACAUAUACCUGCCUACACAUCCAACGAUAUGCUCGAAGCUUCCGACAUCAAGUCAUCCAGUAUAAAUGAAACUUCCCUUCUUCGACUGAUCAGGACUAUCAUAGAUUUGGCAUCGAAUCUCAAUAUCACUGAAAGCUCUCUAGUCACUCCUGAAUCAGAUGAAACACUACUUAGCCCUUGCCCUGAUGUGGGCAUGAUCGAUCUUCCAUCCAGCAAUUUAAACCGGGUAAACGAUAUGGAUCAUGUAUUUAAUAAAUUGAACAUCGCGAAUAAUCCGGGAUCAAAAAAUUCCGAGAAUGACGAAAACCCAGCUACAUCAUACAAUAUGAAUCAUUCUAAAUCAUAUAAUCAUGGCCCCUCUGAAAAAGUCAAGAUAAUACCCAUUUUACAAAAUUGGACCCAUCAUGCCAAGAUUAGAAAAUAUGGGGCUCUAGCCAAGGAAUCUAGUAAAAAGCACAAGAAAAUUAAAAGCCAGCGCCACACAACUUGCGAGCCCAUCAAAACGAACCUUCAGAGAUCAAGUUCCAAUAAGCACUAUGCAGAUUACAAUGAUCCAGGCAGGUACGUCAAAGGUGGUUAUUAUCUAUACGAUCCUAGCUCUAGCAGUCAAAAUAUUCAGGCAGGUUAUGACCAUAAUGGCGAUGUACACUAUGAUGGUAUAAGAGGUCAUUUUUCGUCUAAUGCCUAUUACGGGAUCCAGAACAAUAUGAGAAAUAUCUGCAUGAUGAAUCAACCUUUUAUAAUAAAUAAUAUUAACAACUACCACCCAUCUGUUAACAACUCAAGCAAUACCAAUAAUUAUAGAGUAAAUCAAUAUUCCGGAAAUUAUAAUGGCUUCACUGCAAAUAUGACGGAAAUAAAUCCUAAGUCCAUUCAAUCUUGGCAAAAAUCCAUCAUAAGUUCACUCAACCCAAUAAUAUUUAUACUACUUGGCAAUUUUCUGUUGGAAACCUAUCGAGUGUCUUUCGGAUCCAAUUGGCUCGUCAAGGCUAGAGAACCCAUAUUCCCGUGGCUAAAUAUUACGCAUUUAUGGGAUUCGUUUCGCAGAAAUUCUCAGUUUUUAUACAGUAUCAUGUCACGCGAAGACAAAUUUGUCAUGUACGAAUUGUUAAGAACGACUGUUCAACACGCCAAUUAUAACAGCCCGACUCCUACGGAUCCCUCCCCCCAGUGCCUGAUGGCCAACGACUCCUACAUUGAAACCACGUUCAAAACUCUCGUCACUUUUUUUAACCGCAUUGCUUCCUCUUCUCCGCAUUUUUCCCCACCCCCUUACUCCUGCAAGGAUACGCUAAACCAAAUAUUAUUAACAUUUCAGGAGUAUCGGCGCGUUAAACGGGAACAUUCAAUUAAAUUUUUUUAA